AGGAGGUUGUAUUGGAAGGAAGCAAACAGCCCAAAGCAGCCGCGUGCGUGCAGUAUGGAAAAUGGAACCUCGACGGUGCCUCUCUGAGCUGCUAGCCUGCUGAGGGCUAUCCACGUCCUACAAUGGUGUUCGAAUCGGUAGCCGUCGAGCUCGUCAACUACGUUCUCGGCGACUAUGUCGAGAACUUGGACACAUCUCAGCUCAAGCUGGGAAUCUGGGGAGGGGACAUCAACUUGAAAGAUUUAGACAUCAAGCAGAGUGCUAUUGAUGACCUUGACUUGCCAUUUCGUGUUGCAUAUGGCCACAUAGACAAGCUCACUCUCAAAAUCCCAUGGCAGUCUCUCUACAAUGCCACCUAUUCUGCCAUCGUAGAAGGCAUCUACCUUGUCAUCGUGCCAAAGUCAGGCGUGAAGUAUGAUGCCACAAAAGAGAAGAAACUUCAGCAAGAGGCAAAAGACAGAGAGCUGGCUCGAAUCGAGCUGAUCAAGCGGCAGGAAGCCGAGAAAGACAAGCCCAAGGAGGACAAACAAGACACGUUCAUGGAGAAGUUGACAGCGCAGAUUGUCAAGAACCUCCAGAUCCGCAUCCGCAAAAUCCACGUCCGCUACGAGGAUGCAUUCACCAUUCCCAAGCACCCGAUGUCAAUUGGCGUCACCCUGUACAACCUGUCUUUUGACACCACUGAUGAGAACUGGGGGCCCUGCGUCCUGGAUGCGGCUGCCAAGGUGGUGCACAAGAUUGUAGACAUCAACAGCUUCGCACUCUACUGGAACACCAACUCUAAGCUGUUUCGGGACGAACCACCAUCAGUUCUUAGGGCUCUCCUUGAAGAGAAGAUCAGUUCUGAAGUUGUGAAGCCAAGUGAUGUCUCCUACAUUCUGGGUCCAAUCUCGUCCGUUGCCAAGCUCACCAUGGACACAAAGCCAGAACUGUCAAACUACAAUGAUCCUGGGAUGACCUUGGACAUCCUGGUGGCAGAGAUCACCAUUGGCAUCAGCAAGCAUCAGUUUCGAAACAUGCUGGCAUUGUCAGAGUCACUGAACCGGAUGGCCAUUGCAGCUCACUACAGAAAGUACAGGCCUGACGUCCCUGUCCACGGGAACUGCAAAAUAUGGUGGCGCUUUGCGUACGCGGCCAUCCUGGAGGAACACGUGAGGCGACGCAGGCGCGACUGGUCUCCGCAGCACAUACACGAGCAUCUGGUGCGUGUUCGCUACUACAAGGAGCAGUACAAGCUCAAACUGCGGUCCAAGGAAACCGCAGAGAAGCUCCAGGAACUUGAAAAUGAACUGGAUGUCUUCAACAUUACCCUUGCAAGACGCCAGGCGGAGCUGGAGGUCGAAGAACAGCUUCUCAAGAACCCCCCCAAGCAGGGAUGGUUUUCCUCGUGGUGGUAUGCAGGUGACAAAAACGCUGCCCCCUCCGAGACCCAAGUAAUCGCUGAAAAGUUUGAGAAAGCAAUGACUCCUGCUGAGAAGCAGAAGCUCUAUGCAGCCAUUGGGUACCAGGAGAAUUCUGUUCCACCUGAAUACCCAGUCACUUUUGUGGCUAAGAAACUGAACUUCCUGCUGAAGAACUUUUCUUUGUCUGUCUUUGAUGAGAGCAAAGGCAACAGUGUCAUCGUUCGUGUCAUGCUUGAUGACAUGUCGGCAAGUUUUGAAGAAAGACCCAGAGCUGAAGCAAUCAGGCUGGAAUCAAAGAUCGAAAGGUUCCGCAUCUUGGGCUUCCCAGAGUCGCCCUCUGACUUCUGCAUGCUGAUCUCCUCGGAGAAUGUGACAACGGACGUCAAGCGGUCCCUCCUCACGUUUCUCUUCGAGACAAAUCCAUUGGACGAGAAAUGCGACCAGAGGAUUCACCUUUUUGCAGAGCCCGUGGAGAUGAUUCACGAUUCCGCCGUGGUCGCAGCACUUGCAGAUGUCUUUCGGCCCCCAGAAGAAGUCUCUUUCGAUAAGUUGCAGGCACAGGCAGUUUCGAAGCUGAACGACAUCAAGUCUAUGUCGGCAACUGGACUCCAGCAUGCCAUUGAGCAAAAGAAGGCACUCGAGCUCCUCGUGGAUCUUAAGCCCUCAUACCUUAUAGUUUUCGAGGGGGGUAGGAAGAGGAAGGGAAAACUCUUUAUGGUGGUCAGCUUCGGUCAGCUCUAUGUCCACGGCUUUCCAAGGAGUCGCAAGACCCCCACUGUCCAAGACCUGGUUAGAUCUGGAAGCACAGAGGACGAAGUCUUGCAGGUGAUGAUUGCACAGGCCUACGAGAAGUACACCGUGAAACUGACAGCUGCGGAGGCAAUCAUCUGCCCCCCAGGCAAGGACUGGAGGCCUGCUCUAAAAAGUGGGAAGUCCGACCUCCAUGUUUUGCAGCCCACGGACAUCAUCGUCGACAUUCAGAAGUGCAUUGUUGCUGACAAUGUUCGCUUGCCCAAGGUGAAGGUGACGGGCAAGCUGCCCCUGCUGCGUGUGUCUGUCACGGACUUCAAGCUGGUGCAGGUGCUCAAGGUGCUGUACAGCAUCCCAGGCAUGGAGAGCAGCACCGCAGCCCCAGUCGUAGUGCAAGAUGCACCUGCCCUGCUGUCUGCAGAAUCUGAACUUCCAACCAAGAUUGGCACCGAAACAGCACUCAACGUUUUGCCAAUGUCUGACCAAUCCAGCUCCACUGGGGAGUCAGUGAGCUGCAAUGGCUAUGAGUCAACUGAUGUGGACCUCAACUUCGAGAUCACUGAGGUGGUGCUUGAGAUCUCCCAGUUGACAGAGGGAAAGUUGAGCCCCAUCCUGUUCUUCCAAGCCAACAAUUUGGGUCUGAAGAUUGAACUGCGUCCACUGGACAUGAGUGUCCAGCUUUGCUUGAAGAAGGCUCUCUUGCAGCAUUUGCUCUUCUCAGCUCCCGGGCAAACUGGCCCUCUGAAAAUUAUUGACUCUAACGAAAACCCUGGCACUGGGAACACAAUCUGCCUUCUUUAUGUUCAGACAAACAAGAAGCACCCCGAGUUUGAGACGGUGCGGGGCUCGGUGCUGCAGAAGGUGACCCUGGACGUCUCUGAGCUGGUGCUUGUCUUGCACGAAGAAUCCAUGUCCUCCCUGCUCACCUUGAGCAACCACAUGAGCGAGCAGCUGGGCAGCAUCGGGGCUGAGGUAGAGCAGACGCCCAGCCAGGAGCUGGUGCAGGCAACUGCGGCCAAGCCACUGGGCAGCAAGCCUUCGCCAGCUGGACGGAGGGGCACCUCCUCAGUUGUGGUCAACAUGGAUGUGUUUGCAAUGCUCUCUGGAUUCACUCUGGCGAUCUGCAACCAGAGCAGGACCAUCUGCGACAUUCUUGUGCGAGGUGUGGAAGCUGGAAUGACAACAUACCCGACGAAAACCAUCUUGAGGAUGAGUCUGAAGACUGUCGGCAUACAUGACCCAACACCGGGAACGGUCCACAAAGAUAUUCUCUCGAUAGCUGGAGACGAAGUGCUCAACUUGGAUAUCGCCACCUACGAAGAAUCUGGUGCCGAGGGCUACGUGCACAUGGACAGGGUGGACAUUGACAUCAAGGGCACUUUUGGACGAAUGCACUUUACCUUUCUCUACAGGUUCUAUCUCGAUGUCAUGAACUUUGUGGACAAGUUCCAAGCUGCCAAGAACCGUAUUGCGGAGGCAACGGCCAGCGUGGCAGAAGCUGCUCGUGCAGGGGUGGAGAUUGCCUACCAAAAGGCUUACAAAAUGGCCAUUGACAUCCGCAUCAUGGCCCCAAUCUUCCAUGUGCCCCAGAACUGCAAGUCACGCAACAUUGUGGAGAUGGAUUUUGGAGUGCUGCGUGUGCGCAAUAGCUUCAGCCUUGAUCCCCGGAGCACCGCUGCCGCUCCGUGCCUUCUUGAAGACAUGGUGGUGGAGUUUGACAACCUCAAGCUCUCGCGAUUCAAGAGGAAGGUCCCAAACUGCAAUGACGACUUCGACUACCCGCUUCUGCUGCCGGUGACCUUCAAGAUGCACAUUGUCAGAAACAUGAACUUCGAUGCACAUCCUGAAGUUCCCGAGAUGAAAGUGGCUGGUAUGCUCCCAAAGUUUGAGUUCAUUCUGAGUGAAGAGGACUACUGCGCCAUCAUGCGUAUCUUGGACGAAAACAUGAACGAGCUCCCUCCGGGAACGCACCCCGUGGACAGGGCCGCCUUGCAACCGCCCGUGGUGAUUCAGCCCCCCUCUCAGUUGACGGAGAAGUCCUCGCACGAACAUUCUGACCCAGUGAUCACAACCGAAAGAAACAUCAAGAGGGCUGUCAGGAUAGACAUUGCCUUUCAGAUUGACUCCCUCAUCUUGGACCUCUAUUUGAAGAGAAACAAGGAGGUGAAAGAAGGUCUGGGACGACUGGAGAUUCAGGUGUUCUCUAUUAAAGGCCACAUGUUCCACGAUGGCUCGUACUGGGUGGACACCGUGAUGCUCAACCUGAUACUGGACGACACUCGAGUGUCCCGCAAGGGUGGCCUCACCAGGUUUCUGACCAAGUCGAGCAAGAGCAAGGAUAAGCUCUUGGACAUCUUGUACAAGGUGGACCAGUCAGGCGACUUCUUUGUCCAGAUGAACCUCUCCAAGAUCACCUUUGUCUACUGUGUGGAGUUCUUCAACAGCUUCAUGACGUUUUACUACCUGGACAACAUGUACAAGCAGGCCGACGACAAGCGGCAAAAGCUGGCAGAUAAGCCUGUGGUGAACACCGUCACAGACACAACGUCUCCACCCAUGCCUCCAUACCCAGUCAGGAACUUCACGGUGCAGCUUGAGAUGGACAAGCCGGACAUUCUUCUUGUGGCCAACAUUGACGAUCCACAGUCUGCUUGCAUCAUUCUCAAGAGCUCAAUUCAUUUCAAGCUGCGGCAGGUGUCUACCACCCAGACCAUGAUGGCAGUCAUGGAGGAAUUGAGGAUGUUCACAUCCUGUGUUGACAAGUUCCAAGAAGAGCACGUCCGUUCAGAGAUCCUAAAGCCAACUGAGAUCAGUGUGAACAGCACCUUCACCGUUGAGAAUGGACAGCACAUGGAGAUCAACUUUAGUCCGAUUGAAAUUCAUGUGACUGCCGGAGCUGUGGAGAUCCUCUCCAAGAGUUUGAGCUCUCUCAGCGGCCCAAGUCAGGAGCAGAAAACCGACCUGGUGGCAGAGCCUGACAACAAACAUAUCUGGAAUGCACAACCUAUUGCAAAAACCAAACUUUGGUUCCUGGAAGAGCGGGCUGUGCAAAUGGCCACAGAAGCUAUGGAGACAGAUGUGGUGGCCGCACAGGAUGCAGUGGCAGCUCGUAAGGAUGAACAGGCCCUCCUCAACGCCAAGUCCAUCGUGAUCACCGUGGAGCAGGGCUCUGAGAACCGCACCGUGCCCAUGCUUUUGUGGAGGGCAUCCCUGGAGGCUGAAGUCCUGGACUGGUCUUCACAGAUGGCCGUGAGGGCAUUCCUCGGAUCUGUCGUGUUCUGCUACAACGAGAAGCUGGCCGUGUGGGAGCCGCUGGUGGAACCAAUAGAGGUUCCCGGUGGCCGCAAGAUUUGGGAGAUUGCGCUCAGGAUUGACAAGCGAGUGGUUGAUGAAGAAGAAGCAAAUUCCGUUGACUUGCCCGCCGUCUACUCCGUCGAGUUGCUGGUUGAGGACACCCUGGAAGUAACUGUGACACAGACGUCGCUGCAAGUAAUGAAGCACCUUGCAGAGGCCUUCAGUGAAGCCCUGGUGCAUGCCACUUAUGACCACAGACGCCCAGAUACUCCCUACGUUGUCAGGAACUACUUGGGCAUCGUGGUUCACAUCAUCCUUCAGGGCACACCCUUCAGGGUUGCGGCACCCAAUGUGGACGAAGACAUUGAUGAGGUAAUCCUGGAACCCGAGGCACUGGUGCAGCUCAAUUUCCGGGACACCGGAGAGGAGGGAGAGGAGAGGUUUACUGGCACACUGAUGGAGCUGAGCCGCCAGAAUGUCGCAGAUGCCACCUUCGCCAUCCAGGUGAAUGAAGGUGGAGUGUCGGCGGUGAGGAAGCUGUGUGUCACCUAUGCGGAUAAGCGGUACUUCAAGCUGCCCAUCAAGAGCUACCCUGGGGACGACUGGGCUUUCAUUGUGGACACCACGUCUCACUAUGGCUCGAAGCUGGUCAUGAUCUACUCUGUGUGCAAGGUUGUGAACAACUUUUCCGUGCCCAUGGAAGUGUACUACCUGACUGAAUCCGAAGGCUGCACGGAGGUCCGUCAUUGCGGGGUGAUCGAGCCACACCAAGUUCUGCACCUACCCGUGCGUGCACUCUACACGAAGACCAAUGAGCUGUUCUUCAAGCCUGCAGGAGACAAGUACAUGGUGUCCAUGGAACCAUUCAGGUGGAAAUCUCCUUCAGAGGCUAUACAGAACAGUGUGCUUCACUGCCCCUCUAAGACCGAGGCAGGCAGGUUUUUCUACAUCAAUGUGGCGGGUGAAAAGGAACCAGUAAAGUAUGACGAAAGUUCAGGCAAAGGCUCGACCAUGACGCUCCACAGCAUUCAGCUCCACCCAACCGUACUUGUGCGAAACCUGCUGCCGUGCAGGCUUUACCUCAAAAUGGAAAACACAAGCAAGUUGUUCUGUUUGGAAGCUGGCCAGGGUGUGGAGCUUUGGAAUGCAGAAGUUGGGAACUCUGUCCUGCAGCUCAAGUUGCUGGAAUAUAGGAACCUUGAGUGGAACUGCUCCAUGGAUUUGACAUCUGACUUGGAGGAACUUCCUGUGUUGAUUUUUGAAACGAGUGAUGGUGCCCAAAUGGAUUUGGGCAUGCAUGUGGAGACAAAGAACAGCUGCUUAAUUCUUGGGUUGUACUGUCCUUUCUGGAUGGUCAACAAAACCACCGUGGACAUCCACUACAAGACUGAAGACUCUGUGGGCAUCCCACACCCUGCCACUUCUGAAGAACCAGUGCUGUUUUCAUACCGCUCCAAGACUUUGUUCACCAAGAAGAAGGCUGCUAUUAAGAUCUUCAACUCUGACUGGUCCGAGAGGUUCUCGUUGGAUGCUGUGGGGAGCUCUGGCACCAUAGUGGCAAAGUCAAAAGACGGACGCUCUUACUUGCUGAGUGUUGGGAUCACUUUGAGUGCAACUGGUCUGACGAGGAUAGUGACCUUCACACCCUACUAUUUCAUCCUCAACAACUGUAAGACUGCCAUUGAGGUCAAGGAAUACUCUGAAAACACCGAAUGGAUUCAGGUGGAAGCUGGUGCGUGUGUAGCCCUGUGGCCCAAAGAGGUACAGAAGCUGGAACUGUUUGCAAAGUAUGCCAAAACAGAAGAGUGCUCCGUUCCCUUCUCCUGCAAGGAGACAAACUUUGUCCUGCUUAAAAUCCCAAAUAAGAAGGGUGGGAUGUACAUGAACUGCCAGGUUGGGGAAAGCGCCGCCGUGGUAGGCUUCAGCGACUACGAAGAAGGCCUGUCUCCGGUCCUUAUGGUGAACCACAGCGGCAUGACUCUGAGCUACUGCCAGGCAAUCUUCAAGGACACGUGCACUUACACGCUGCCACCCAAGUACACGGUGCACUACACCUGGGACAACCCAAUGGCCAAGCGAUGCCUUCUCUGGGGCACAGAGGAGAGCUCCAAUCUAAACAGACUUGACCUGGUCAUGGAUGACUGCGACCAGGUGCAACUGAAAGAUGACAAAAAACUGUACUGGAUAGCUUUCCUGAAUGGCAAGCAGAGGACAGUCUUGUUUACUGAGGAUUUCCAGCUGGUGGUCAGGAUACAGGAGUCUGGAAUGCUGGAGCGAAACCUCUAUGACAUAGUUCUCAAUGUCCAAGCUGUGGGGGUUUCUCUUGUGGCUCCUAACCCUAGAAGAGAGAUUGUCUACAUGUCAAUACAAGGAUCCGGAGUCAAGUGGGAAUCCAAGAAAGAGACCAAGGCUUUCUACAAGAGCAUCGGUGCCAAGGAGUCCAACCUGCUGGAAACACAGUAUCAGAGAUACAGCAAUCUCCGAAGACUUGACCGUGACCCAUCUUCGGUGCACAUGGUCAAUGGCUAUGAGGUUGACUUCAAACAAAUGAAGAUGAUGACCAAUCCUAAGAAAGACAUCCGCAGACUGGCAAGGCCUGGCAUCUGGGCAUCGUACAAGAGGUCCUUGCAUCAGAGCAUGAUCCAUGCCAAGCUCCACAUGCUUCAGAUUGACAACCAGAUCGCAGACUGUACCUUUCCUGUGAUUCUCACUCCGGUCACUGUCAGGAAGUCCAUGGGAGACGGAAUGAUUUCAAAGCCCUUCCUGGAGACGAGCAUCAUUGUGCGACAGUUUGACUACUCUCAAGUCCGCCAGUUCAAGUACUUCAAGAUUUUGCUCCAGGAAUUCCAUGCCAGGAUAGACCAGUGCUUCAUCAAUGCCAUUUCAGAGUUCCUGACUCUCAGCACAAAAGAAGAGGAUCAUGAGGAGCUGAUUGAGAAGGACAAGGCUAUGACCAAAGGGGGCCUGAAGGAAUUUGCUGCACAGUUUUCAGAACAGGGUAUCAAGGACUUCUUCGACAUGCUUCAUUUUUCACCGAUCAAGGUGCACUUGAGCUUCUCCUUGUCGGCGGACAGCAAGAGCAAAGGUGGCAGUUUGUUUAACCUGCUGCUGCAGAGCUUUGGGGUAACCUUCACCGAGAUUCAGGAUGCUGUGCUCAAACUGGACUACUUCGAGAAGAGCAAUGCCUACCUGACCACGCACCAGCUGAUGAACGAGGCUUAUGCACACUAUUUCCGCCAGAGCCUGAAGCAGGUCUAUGUGGUGGUGCUUGGCCUGGACGUGAUUGGCAACCCCGUGGGCCUUCUGACGGGUUUCACCACGGGUGUCGGAGACUUCUUCUACGAGCCCCUGCAGGGGGCCAUUCAGGGUCCCGAAGAGUUCGCCGAGGGCCUGGCAACGGGCGUCAGGAGCCUCAUUGGGCACACUGUUGGGGGAGCGGCGGGGGCAGUGUCGAGGAUCACAGGCACCAUAGGCAAGGGAAUAGCCGCCCUUACGAUGGACGAAGAGUACCAGCGCAGGAGAAGGCUGGACCAGAACCGGCGCCCCGACGACAUCGCCGAGGGCCUUGCGCAGGGCGGUCGAGACCUCGUCAUGGGUGUGUACGAGGGAGUGACGGGCAUUGUGACCAAGCCAGUGGCCGGGGCCAAGGAGGAGGGCAUCAGCGGCUUUUUCAAGGGUGUCGGCAAGGGGCUGAUUGGGGCGGUGGCACGCCCCGCUGCAGGCGUCGUCGACUUUGCCAGCGGCUCCUUCGAUGCUGUCAAGAGAGCCACGGACGUAGUCGACGAAGUGAGGCCUGUUCGACCGGCUCGCUUCAUACGCCCCGACGGCAUUGUCCGGCCCUACAACCACAUGGAGGCCCAGGGUCACAGUCUCCUGCAGGAUGUGGACAAGGGCAAGUUCACAGAAACAGACACUUAUGUGACUCACUUGAACGUCUGUGACGAAGGGAGGAAUGUGGUCCUUGUGACGAACAGGCGACUGAUGUUCAUCACGAGGGGUGACGUGUUUGGCCAGUGGAACACGGAGUGGACCUACUCGUGGGACGAAGUGAAGGCGCCACCCACGCUGACAGAGAAGGGUAUCAAGAUCUUGCUCAGGGAGCCCAAGAAGAAGGCCCUCUUUGGCGCUAAGGAGACCGGGAAGCUCAUCCAUAUCAAGGACCUUGCCCAAGCCAAGCACCUUGCGCAAAAAAUUGAAGAGUCCAUGAAGAAGCCGCUUUAGGUCGCCUUGCACCUCCCAGGCUACUGCAGCUGCUUCAGUGUUGAAGUCUUGGUUGAAGCACAAAUUAGCGAGCAUAUGUAACAGCUUGCAUUCAAAGUAUUUUUAGACAUUGUAGGCCUCCUUAAUUAAUGCUGUUUAUUUUUUUGUUAUAUAUACUUGUCUAACAGACAGACUUAUAGGUUAUAGGGUGUAUAGUAGCUCAUUAAGGUUUAAUAUGUAUUAUAUAUGCAUAGAGAUAGCAUAUUGAAGCCAUGCACAUGAUCUCCAACAACAUGGGUGAUAUGACUUGAGUUUUGCCUUUGCCCAGCUCUGCUCAUGUCUCUGCAUCAGAAUAUUGUUUGCAGCGACAGCUCUCUGAAGGCAAAUGCAAUGGCUGUGUUCUAUGCAUUGUCUCUAGUCUCUGCUGUAAAGGCUUGUAUACCUUGCAUCCUUUCAAUGCAGCUUCCUCCUCUGAAAUUACCUGGGGCUUUUCUGCAGGCGUCAAAUAUUUCAUAGAUGCGAGUUAGUUAAUUUAAUGUCGAGAAUGAGCUUCGAAAGAAGCAGAGUCUGAAUGUAAAUAAAUGAGCUAUUCAAAGUAAAGAAGCCACUCACUUCCACUUCCCACCUUAUGCAUUUGUCUUAAAACUCGGCCAGUACAUGCCACUGCUGGCUAUUUCAUGCCAAUGGCCAGGGGGGGGGGGGGGGGGCUUGGGAGUUGUCAAGACUAAUGUUUUCCUCGUGCCUUGGCAACGUGCCACUAAGUUUCAUAUUGUGAGGUGCAAGAACCCAGAAGCAUUUCGGUUUGGCUCGCAGGUUAUCUAGGGUUGAAAUAGCCAAAUGUGGUGGCAUGUCCAGGGUUUGAUGUGGUUCCCAAGGCAUUCACAGUGUCGACAGUGUAAGUAAAAGAGCACUUACUUGUCUUAUCUGCCCCACUGUACACCAAGGGAACUAUGAGAACCACGGCAAGGUGCAGCAGCAUUUCCAUACGUGGAGUACCAAAAUGUUAAAGGCUUGUGGCAAACUGAGAGCCACUUUUUGAUGCCCAGCCAAUCAGUAAUGCGACAUGGAAAGCAAUUUCAUUGUGGACUGUCUUGUCGGUGUCUUGGUUUGAGGAAGUGUCAUUUCUCAGUUGCCUUGUAUGAAGUGAAUAUUUAAGUUUCCAAAACCUUUGAAGUGUUCCAUCCCUUGCAAAACUAGUAUGCAGGAAAAAAUAUAUAUUUUUCCAUUUUUUUUGCGAGAAUUCUGUGAAAAAAAACCAUUGCUACUUACACCCGUUUACCUCAAGUGCUGUCUUACCUAUAACAGGACCAGAGCCAACACACAUGUUGGACUGUAUGCCCCCAGUUGCCUUGAUUUGGAAUUACUUCCUUCCUAUGUAUUACCGGGUAAGGAUGUUUGAAUGCUUAUAUCAGUUACGCUGCUUUAAUAAAAAGUUGCAUAUUUAUUUGCAAACUUUCUCUUGUAGCAGCAGUAUCAUCUAAUCUAGUAUGUCCAAAUGUUGUUGCUUGGCAAAAUGUGCUUUUUGCAGGAAAAUCACCAAAUACUUGUUAGCUUUGUUUUCUCGUGUGUUCUCUAACCUCAUCAUCAUGGUGAUUAUUUGUUCCAAUAAAAAGUGAUUGUUA